UAAAGGUCCUCAAGCAACAUGGAAAGACAUAAUCUCACAUUUGUCUCAGAGUUCUAUCUCAUGCGCUUCUCAGCAGAUCCAGAUCUUCAGCCUGUCCUCUUUGGACUAUUCCUAUCCAUGUACCUGGUCACGGUGCUUGGGAACCUGCUCAUCAUCCUGGCUGUCAGCUCUGACUCCCACCUCCACACGCCCAUGUACUUCUUCCUCUCCAACCUGUCCUUGACUGACAUCUGUUUCACCUCCUCUACAGUCCCAAAGAUGAUUUUGGGCAUCUCGACUCAAAGCAGGGUCAUCUCCUAUGGGGGCUGCCUGACACAGAUGUAUCUUUUUGUCCUUUUUGGGUGUACAGAUAAUGUGCUUCUGACAGUAAUGGCCUAUGACCGUUUUGUGGCCAUCUGCCACCCCCUACAUUAUGCAAUGAUUAUGAAUCCUCGCCUCUGUGUCUUAUUACUUUUGCUGUCAGUCUUUCUUAGCCUUUUGAAUUCCCAGGCACACAAUUUAAUUGCCUUACAAGUUACAUGUUUCAAAGAUGUGGAAAUUGCUAAUUUCUUUUGUUUCCCUUCUCAACUCCUUGACCUUUCAUGUUCCGAUACCUUAACAAAAAACAUAGUCACAUAUGUGUUUGGUAUCCUAUUUGGUUUUUUUCCUAUGUCAGGGAUUAUUUUCUCCUACUAUAAAAUUGUUUCUGCCACUCUGAAAAUCCCAUCAUCUGAGGGGAGGUACAAAGCCUUUUCUACUUGUGGUUCUCACCUGUCAGUUGUUUGCUUAUUUUAUGGAACAAGCCUUGGAACUUACCUUGGCUCAAUUUCAUCAUAUUCUCCCAGCAAGGGCAUGGUGGCCUCAGUGAUGUACACUCUGGUCACUCCCAUGCUGAAUCCCUUCAUCUACAGCCUGAGGAACAAGGACAUCAGUAGCACCAUAAAGAGGCUCCAUCAUUGGUAA